GUUUCACUGCUGCAGCGCUGCAGAGUGUCGCGUUCCUCUGAGGUCGACAUCCUUCACUUCCUGUUCUAGUCCUCAGAGAGCAAUAUUUCACACUCUAUUGUUCUCGCUUGACGGCUCUGCGCUCUAAAUUGGCCGAAAAGGGGUCAAAGGUCACUCCUUCACCAUCGUGCCGGCCUUUUCAACCCCUUACUUUUAUUUUUUAUUACUGUUAUCAUUAUUUUUAUUAAGGACUUCAAUGGACGCCUUAAUACUAUAAAACUCAACUCUGCGACGGGUUUUUAAAAGGUACUGAGGAUGGCGAUGACACUAACGGAGUUCACGCGCUCUCUGGAACCUGAAAAGCUGCCCAGGAUUCUGCAGAUUCAGUCUGGGAUUUACUGCCAAGGUUCCGUGUACGAGCUCUUUGGGAGAACGUGUUGUCUCUCGACUGGAGAUCUGAUGAAGAUCAUCGAUAUCACAAUCACCAGAUUCAUCGUACACACUUCAGACGGGACAGACAUCAUCCUGCCUCUAGAUUAUCCAGGUCUCUUCAGGAUUGUAGCCGACACUGAGCCUUAUCUGAGCGUCAGAGAAAUCGUGCACUCGCUGAAGAUCGGAUCUCAUGUACUCGGCCAGCCGGCGUUCCUGUCCUCGGCUAAAAUUGCUCUCCCACAAGGCUCGCUGAAGAAGCGAGAGAUCUUCCGAAUUACCUCCGUUAUUCAUGACCUGGACGGUGGUGAAGGCCACGUUGUAUGCGAGGUUCUUCACCGAGAGCCAAAGUUCUGCUUCACUCUCGACCUCUCGCAGCAAGGGAAUUUCAUGGAGUGUGAGGAUGAUCAGUUUUACACACUCCAAGAGCUCGCCAAGUGGAAAAUCCCUAACGGGAGGAAGAGAGUCGUGACUGUAGUAAAAGACCUGCCUGUGAAGGAUUUGCUGUUUUCCAAUUUGUUAGAAAACGUGUGCGGAGAGUUGACGUUGACUCCUGUGUACGAGUUACAAGCUGUAAUGUCAGUUGGGAAGAACGUAGUCGUCAUUCCAUCCAACCUAGAUGUGGAAGUCAUGGAUGUGACGGAUCAGUUUGACACAAGCGCUUUCAUCCAGCCACUUUCCCUUCAGGACGUGUUCCAAAAACCUUGCGAGAUCUUCCCCUUUGUGGCUGAAGUGAUUGAAAGACCUAUACUUGAAGGUAACAUGCCAGAAGAGUUGGCAUCCCUGUUAGAUUGCACACAAAUUAUCGUCCACAGUGCUUACAAAGCCAAGCGAAUCCUUGCCACGGAAAUCCGGCAAGAAUCGCCGAGACACUUCCUGAUUCCGACAAGCUACAACGGGCGUUUAAAGCGGCGACCUCGUGAGUUUCCGACGGCAUACGACCUCAAACGAGCACAAAGUGACACUGAAAAACUCCACGUUGUGGCGACUAGGGGUUUUGAUUCCAUUUAUGAUGGUUUGGCAUCCGUUCUUGUGGGGGAUGAGUUUCAAGUGAAGAAAAAAGAACCCAAGCAUGAUGAAAUUGGAGAUAAGAUGGAUUCCUUGACGUGCUUGAAGAUUAAAGGGAAGUCCCACGAGGCUGUGCGCCUCCCAAUGUUUUUAGACGGCGGAUUUAUGGAAGUCAUCCACGAUAAACGACAGUAUUCCAUUGCAGAGAUUUGCCGUUGGUUCCCUAUGCCGUUCAAUGUCAAGGUUUCUGUUCGUGAUCUUUCAUUAAAGGAGGACAUUUUGGCCGGAGUUCCAGGCCUGCGCAUUGAGGAAGAAAUCGUUGACCCGUACUUGCUCAUCUCCACCACUGACCUCUCAAGCUGGUGGGAGAUCGCAGUGAAUCGCACUCACAUGACCCUUCACAUGGAUAAAAGAUGGAAUGACGGGGAACCUUUAUGUAGCGUCAACUCAUUUGUCGAAGAGAUUUCUGAGAAAUGUUAUUACACCAUGAGGAGGUACGCUGUAGCCACGGUAACACCCCCACCACGACCUCCGAAAACACCCAGACGACCUCCAGAGCGACCGGUCAAGACACAACAAGCAAAACCAGAAACGCCCACCACCGGCUCACCAAAGAAUGUUAGCCGAGAAAGUUCCACAGACUCCACUACGACAGAAAUGGAGAAAACCACUGUUCCUGCUACGUUACCCAGAACCACUUUACAGAAAGUCAGCAGAGGCCGCAGUCUGGAGGACGUGUGUGUAAAAGUUAAAGCGGACGAUGACGACACUCAUGAUUAUGAAUACAUCGAUGAAGAUGAACUUGAGAACAUCAGGAAGCAGUUCAGUGAACAGUCUGUUAACAUUUCUGCUAAAGCUAAACCGAGUAACAUGAUAUAGUUGUGAUAUAAUUACACUAUACUGAUAAGAAACCUACCUGGAGAUUUUCAUGUUGUUAGCAUGUACAGUGUUAGCAUGUUGUAUACAGAGACCCGUUCACUCUCAUCUUGAAAAGCAGAAGGAAAGGUUCACAUUUUUUGCUUUUAAGAGGAUAAUGUCAUAGUGAUGAUCAAUUAUGAUCAUUUUAACACGGUAUUAGCAUGCUAGCAGGUGUGACAUUGAAUUAGCAUAUUAUGCAAAUACACUAUGCCAGUAAAAAAAAAUAUAUAAAUAAAUAGAAUGUAUUGAGAGCUCUAAAAUGAUUGCUAUUUAAUUUUUCAUUCACCCCAGCACACAUGUGGGGAAACAAGUAUGAUGUCAAUGGAUUUUUUUUUUAUAUAUAUAUAAAUGAUUAGCUUGUAGCAUCAUUUUUUGAUGCUAAUUUUGAACUUGUGUACAAUUUGUGGAAUAAAACUUGGAAUUUUUUUUUUUUUUUAAACACCAAACCAUGACCAUUUUGUAUUUCCUCUUGUAAAAGGUUGAAAAAGUGAACAUGAAUGAUAAUUCUGGAAUAAAUUAUGAUUUUAAACUAUCUUCUUGAUGAAGAUAGAAUAACAGAGAGGAUGAGUUUAGUGCUCCAUCAGAUGGCAGAUGAAGGCAAAAUAUAAUGUUUUAAAAGUGU